AUGUUGCACUGGUUUGCAAACCAGGUGUUGCUGCUGCAGGAUGCUGACAGGGAGGCAGGCAGGGAGCAGGUCAUGGUGGCUCACGGGGACCUGAUGCCCAGGACCCUGGAGGGGCAGAUCACCAUGGAGAAGACCCCCAGCUACUUUGUCACCAAGGAGGCCCCCGCCCGCAUCUCCUCCAUGUGCAGGGGCACGAAGCUGAUCGUGGUGGUGCGGGACCCCGUCACCAGAGCCAUCUCCGACUACACCCAGACGCUCUCCAAGAAGCCCGACAUCCCCACCUUUGAGAGCCUGACCUUCAAAAACAGGACUACGGGCCUGAUCGACACCUCCUGGAGCGCCAUCCAGAUCGGCAUCUAUGCCAAGCACCUGGAGAACUGGCUCCUCUACUUCCCCAUCGGGCAGCUCCUCUUUGUCAGCGGGGAGAGGCUGAUCAGCGACCCCGCGGGGGAGCUGGGCAGGGUCCAGGACUUCCUGGGCCUCAAGAGAAUCAUCACCGACAAACACUUCUACUUCAACAAGACCAAGGGCUUCCCGUGCCUGAAGAAGGCAGAAGGCAGCAGCAAACCCCACUGCCUGGGGAAGACAAAAGGCAGGACCCACCCUGACAUAGACCAGGAGGUGGUGCAGAGGCUGCGGGACUUUUACCGGCCCUUCAACAUGAAGUUCUACCAGAUGACAGGCCAGGACUUUGGCUGGGACUGA